GGCCUGAUUUCCCAUGGGAAAGCUGAUACGUGGGUUUGGUGUCCUGUGUGCCACCACACACCUAUGGGCUUUCCAAUAGGGCUGGGCUACAUUUGCCAUUGCCAGGAAGAUCAGUUCCCUAUAGGUUUCAAUCCCAGCUGCACCUCCUGCUUGCAGGGGAUAUUGGGCAGGGUGUGUAGCUUUCCAAAACUUGUGUCCUCCCACCUGUGAAACAGGGCGAAGAUGGAAGGAAGUGACAUAUGCAAAACACCCAUCACAGACUCCUGCCACUGAGAUAGAGGGAGGGCAGGGUGUCUGGGCUUCCUUCUCUAUGUGGGGCAGGAGGCAGGGCAAGAAGAAAGAGCUGACAUGAGCCCACAUGGUAUUUGUACUUUACAAGCCCAUGGAGGUACCUGUGAAGAAGCUCAGCCACCUACUCCUUAGGGUCUUUAUGGGCCUGGGAAUAAAUAUUUUCUGAUGAUGAAAACUUGCAGCAGUCAGUCAACUAUGGCCCAGCAGUACUAGUCACCAGCUGAGGUGGAGUGCUUGAAGAUGGGUUUCCCAAUUUCUAGAACUUGCUGAUGGAGCUGAUUACGGAAAGGCAGGAAUGAAUGCCUCCCCAGCAGGGCUGAUGGCACCCUCUCCUCCUUGGUGCUACCCUCAUAUACGGCCACUAUAUAUCUCUCCUUGAAGCCUCAAGAGCAAAAUAGAAGCUGGGUUACCUUAGUAUGUCCAGCAGGUAGGUGCAGAGGAUAGUUGACAGUUGCCAGGUGAGCACAAAGAAAGAAAGUGGAUUCAUGUGUGAGGAGAACCAAGUGUUUUCACUUCCAGCAAGCAGAGACAGAAGAGACCCUCACUUGUUCCUGGGGUAGGGCCAAGUAGAGAGGUGGCUGCCCCCUGUACCCCACGCCCUGGGUAUGGGGUAUAAGGGGAAGCCAGGCACACCCCCAGACCCACCCUGUCAUACCUGGAUAUUUAUUGCUUCAGCUUCUAUCUCUCCACACAUGUGUACCUGCAGGGACUCCUGUCCCCAAGUGCCUAAAGUUCUUGGCACUUCUGAAGAUUCAAGGUGGAAAUUAGCAUGCUGUGUAGAAAGGAAUGCAAACUUCCCUAAAUCAGCAUCCAAACAUGUUAGAGCUGUCCACAGAAUCAUAACUGGCUGGUUGAUGUGUGCUCCAUUAAUACACUAGUUGCUGUCUGGAUGCUAACAGGUGUGGAGAGAGUAGUGAGCCACAUCUCUGGGUGGUAACAUUGUACAGUGUAGUCGUUCCUCCCUGAUGGAGUCCUGGAGGUGAAAGCAUGUGGCAUAGAGCUCUAAGACAGGAGUCCUGUGGUCCAAGUGUUGCUGGCCCAACCAGUAAGGGAGCUCUCCAAUUUCACAGCUCUUACCUGGGCCAACCCUUCUAGAAUACCGAAGAUGGUAACUGUUGGAGUGUCCACCUUGCUCAGCUACCCCAGGCCCUGCAAAUCAGCAUGGCUGCUCAGAAGAGGAUUCUGCAUAGCCCUUCAUCUGAAAAUAGUCAGUGGCUUAGUAAACCCAAGCAAAGUGAGGGCUGCAAGCCAAUGCAGCUGGAGAAAGCAAACUUCCCAGGCUCCAAGGGUACCAUCGGUGGGGGUGGCCAGGAUAAGACCAGUGUGGAGCUGGCACUGGUAACACCCCCAGGGAAGGUUUGACUGGGAAAGCCAUUGGCCCAGAAAGUGUGCUGGAAACAGGAGCAGAGCGCCUUGAUGGAGGUGCCUCAGCUCAAGAAAAGGCUACAGGACAGACAAGCCAAAGAUAGGGAGCAUGGUACCCUCACAGGCCAGCCUGGCCCUCAGCAGCAGACCCAGGACAUUCCCAGGAAACCAGUUGGAAGCACAGUCUUCUCUGAGUGGCCCAGCAGAGCCCGACAGGAGCAGAAAAGUGCCUUCAGCAAACUAGCCAGGUAUCUAUCAGGGAAACCUGGGUCAGCCUCUCUUUUCCAGGCAAGCAGACCUGCAGAUGCCAUGAGGGAGCUGUUGGGACUCAUCAAGAUGGUAGAUUUCCCUUGUUGGGGUCAACUUUCCAAUUCUAAGCUUUUGGUGGGUGAUUUUUGGAACCUGCAAAUGCUGCCACAGAACACUCAUCUCUUCAGUGCUUUUCUGGGUACACUGUGGCUUAAGCAUGCCAUGGCCCAGAUACCUACACCCUUGUCAUCAUCUUCCCCUGCCUCUUGGGCCCUCCUACCACCCAUGUUCCCUUCCCAAGGCUUGUCCACCCAGAACUGGUGUGCAAAGUGCAACCUCUCCUUUCACAUGACCUUGGACUUGUUUUUUCAUAUGCGGACCCACCACAAAAAGGAACAUGCAGGGCCUGACCUACAUUCUAAGAAGCUGACAGAAGAGGCACGACCCAUUUGUCAUGAGUAUUUCUGGGAGCACCACCAUCUCUCCCGGCACAUUACUUCUCACAGUUAACAGGUGGCUGUGGAACAAACCUCUAAGUGCAGUGUCCACCAUUUGGCAAGGACAAAAAAUGGUCUGCCAGGGCUUCCUUUGAAAAGACAAUUUGCAGUUGUCUGUGAGGCUGUCUGCAAUGGACUGCCUAGAUGAACAGCUUGGUCAUAAUUAGCAAAAUUGCUUGGUUGUGAUAUGCUUUGAAAUAAAGUAAUGAAAUAAAAU